CUCGCACCCGUUGCUUUGCUUAUCUCUCCUUACCUCCACCCACUCGUCACCUUUCGCACAUCUCUAGUGCUUUGUCUCAUAACUUUCUUUGUCUAUACCUACAAACCUCCUUCAUAUUUGUUCCAUCGAUUAAUUUUCUACUACGAAGCACAGGCGCCAUGCAUACCAAGCAGGCCGUCACAUUGUUUGCACUUUCGUUAAUACCCUCAGCAUUGUCGUACUGUCCACCACCAGGUGCACUUCUUCCUCCACCUUCCCUAAAGAAUUCCACUUCUGGGUCACCUGUUUCAGAAUCUGCUCUCAAAGAACUCGAGGGUGAUGAUACUUCUUUCGCGAUCAGAGCUACAAUUGGCGACAAGGAUGUUUUCUCGUAUGGCUACCUAGCGCCCGCUUAUGACCAUAACAACAUUGGUCUGUACGAUACGAAGUUCCGAGUUGGCAGCGUCACAAAGGUUUUGACCGUUCUUGCCGUCUUGCUGUCAGAGGACAAGAUUCUAUUUUCCGAUUCUAUCAAGAAAUUCGUACCAGAACUCAGCGGCGAUGUUUGGGACGAUGUGACCAUUCAAAGUCUGGCGGAUCAAACCAGCGGUUUGGGUCGCUUUGGAUUCGUAGGAGAUUUGGCCGUGAUACCAACGUUUGACCCAGCUUCCGUUGGUAUUGGACCCCAAAACAAUACUCAUCCAGGAUGUGAUCCCUUCCCCGGGGGCAAAACAUGUUCAUACGAGCAAGUCAUCGACAUGUUCAACAACCCUUCGCAGCUCCCUCACUCGCCGAACUCUGGGCCUCUGUACUCAAACAUUGGAUUCAAUCUUCUCGGAAUGGCUCUCGAGAAGGUUCACGGCAAAACCUUCGAAGAGGUCGUCCAGGAUCUUAUUUUGAGCCCUCUUGAGCUCUCGCAAUCAACAUUCAUUCCUCCCAACGAUACGAGCCGUGCGAUUCUCCCUCAACCUGGGGAUAGGUGGUUCGUGCCCAACUUUGAGAACUACAACCCCACUGGUGGCUUGUGGUCAACCCCCAACGAGUUCCACAAGAUAUUCCGCGCCAUUGCCAACAACGAAUUCCUUUCGGCUCCUGCGACCCGAAAGUGGCUCCAGCCUCGUGCGAUUUUGCCCUCCCUAACUCAGCUUGUCGGAGCUCCAUGGGAGAUUCUGAGACCCGCAGACCUUAAAGUGAAGUUCCCUCGCCCGAUUGAUAUAUACACCAAGUCAGGAGGUGUGGACGGCUACGCAGGCUACGGCAUUAUCGUCCCAGAGUACAAUCUCGCAGUUACUCUCAACGCCGGUGGUAACAGCUCCACCAAGGUCAUUCAAUCAGCUAUGGCCACCGUGCUCCAGGGUCUGAUUGAAUACGCCGAUGUACAGGCGCGUGAGCAGGCCACUGCUAGAUAUGCUGGUACCUACAAGGAUUCCACUGGCAACAGCUCCAUGACUUUUGAAGUCGACGAUGGCCCCGGCGUUGCUAUAACUGAAUUUACCAUGAAUGGCGUCAAGGUUUUGAACACCAUCGCUGCCAUCCAGAAGAAAGAUCCCGCCAAUUUCUCGGCGCGUGUGUACCCUACAGACACAGAUUCCCUUGGAACUGAGAAGGAGUUCUGGUGGAUGCAUUUCGAUACAAUUAAGAAAGAGGAAAGUUUUGCCGAUAUGUUGUGCUCUGCAUGGUUCCAACUGGAUCUAUAUAGAUAUAACCGUGAGAGUCUCGAUGCGGUCAAAUUCGUCACUGAAGGUGGAAACGUGGUCGCGGUUGAGAUGACAGGUUGGCGUAUGGCUCUCCAAAAGUCAUAGGUGUACGACACUUUCACAUUUCACUACACAUAUUAGUGCUGUCAACUGGC